AUGGAACCCUACGAUGAUGAAUUGUUUUGGCUGGUGAUAUGUGGGUUUGUGGUAGCGUUUAUAUUAGCUUUUGGUAUUGGCGCAAAUGAUGUGGCCAACUCCUUCGGUACCAGCGUCGGUUCCAAGGUUUUGACUUUGACACAAGCUUGUAUACUGGCAACUAUCUUUGAGAUCGCAGGUGCUGUUUUAAUCGGAUAUAAGGUAUCAGACACGAUGCGCAAAGGUAUAUUGGAUGUGUCGCUAUACAAUGACGGUGGUGAACGUCUGCUAGCGGCAGGCUGUUUAGCGGCGCUUAUCGCGGGUGCUGCAUGGCUUAUACUUGCGACGGCGCUUCGCCUACCUGUCUCUGGAACGCACUCCAUUGUAGGUGCCACUGUCGGGUUCACGCUUACUGCUAAAGGUCCCACCGGGAUUCGAUGGUCGACUCUUGGAGCGAUUGUAUUGUCAUGGUUCAUCUCACCGGCUCUUAGUGGUGCAGUAUCGGCCACGUUGUUUUGGCUGGUACGACGGUAUAUACUGCGUGCCCCCGAGCCGCUUGUGUCCGGGCUUCGCGCCCUGCCGUUCUUUUAUGGAGCCACCGUCGCUGUCAACGUGAUUAGUGUUGUGCACGAUGGGCCUAAAUUACUGUCUAUGGACAACAUACCGAUGUGGAUAGCGUUGGUGGGGUCGGUAGCACUUGGUGUGGUGGUCGCCGCCUGCGUGCGUAUCUUUCUCGUGCCAUAUUAUCGUCGCUGUCUCUGUACACCGCCCGUCAAUUUCACACUAGGAUUAUCCAAUGAAACGACGCCAGCAAAUACUCCAACACAUUUCAAUAAGACCAGUAUACCACAGAGACCAACGUCACUCCUAUCCGAGGACGGAAAACUUCUAGAAGUAAUAGCAGAAAGCGCAGAAAUGGUUACAUUGAGCGAUGUAGACAAAUGUUCAGUGGGUGUUAAGGAAAUGAAUGCUAGGAAUCGAGCUUUACUCGCAACUAUGGAUGACUGUAGCAUCCUCUCAAGAAGCUUAAGUCCUUCCAAUAAAUCAAGACUGCAGUUGGUAGAUGCAGACCCUCAAAUCAAUACACUGAAGUAUAUUGAUGAGACUCUGAGUUGCUGUAAGAGCUUAGAUUCCUCACAGCUGGCUGGUAUGGGUGAAAGUUAUGGUUCUGACUCAAGAAAUGGGUUUCUCGGUGACUCUUGUGACACUAUAGCUCGUGGAGAGUUUAACAGCUUGGCUGCUUCAAGAGGACUGCCGCCUGUAACUGAUAUCGAUACAUCGCCACCGCCUCGUCUUGAUAAGGGCCCCGAAGGCGGCAGUGCAUGGAGCAUCGAGUGUGACGGGCGCACUGCGAGACUGCCAGCACUGACGCCGAACUCGAGCGCAGCGCCGCUCCUGCGAGCCGCCAGUCCGAAACGCACACCUCCGCCCCCACCACCUCCUGACACCUUGCGUCUCUUCUCUUUCCUGCAAGUGCUUACAGCAACCUUCGGCGCGUUCGCUCAUGGUGGUAACGAUGUUAGUAAUGCCAUAGGGCCAUUGGUAGCUCUGUGGCUGCUUUAUUCGGAAGGUGGUGCACACGCACGCGCCGAAACGCCGUUAGCAAUUCUCGUAUUCGGUGGCGUGGGGAUUGCCCUCGGCCUAUGGCUCUGGGGCCGCCGCGUGAUACAAACUGUAGGUGAAGAUCUCACCAGCAUCACAGCUGACACCGGAUUUACAAUCGAGCUUGGUGCGGCGUUGACUGUACUAGUGGCGAGCAAGGUCGGUCUCCCAGUCUCUACCACGCACUGCAAAGUGGGCUCAGUUGUUUGUGUUGGUUAUUUCUCAGAGAAGGCUGUCGAUUGGAGUUUAUUUAGGAACAUAAUAUUUGCGUGGGUCGUGACCGUUCCGGCGGUGGCGGGCAUGGCUGCACUAUCAAUGCUUGCACUUGAAGCCUUCGUCGUUUAA